ACUGUGUCUCUCGGGACACAGUGGCAGCGGUUGGAACUUUCUCAGUGAGAGAGAAAGAAUUAUAUUUGUCGAGUUAAAUACAGAGUUAAAUUUGUAGAUCCACCGUCUGUGUGUUUAUUGUUGUAGUGGAUCAGACUAUGCGUGAUGUCUCUCUGUAGCUCAGUGAUGAAGACUCUGGUUUUCUUCACCUGUUCUCUUCAUCUUUCAUCAGCAGUCACACACUCUCUGCAGUAUUUCUACACUACAGUUACACCUGGAAUAAAUUUCCCAGAAUUCACUGCUGUGGGUCAGGUGGAUGGAGGACAGUUUGUGUAUUAUGACAGUGACAUCAAGAAGAUGAUCCCAAAGACGGAGUGGAUACAGAAGAAUGAGGGAGAAGAUUACUGGAAAAGUGAGACACAGAAUCUACAGUAUGAACAGAAGUACUUUAAUGUCAGUGUGAAAACAUUAAUGCAGCGCUUUAAUCAAACUGGAGGAGUUCACACAUGGCAGCUGAUGUACGGCUGUGAGCUACAUGACAACGGGACUGUUAAUGGAUACAUGCAGUACGGUUAUGAUGGAGAAGAUUUCCUCAGUUUUGAUCUGAAAACUAAAACCUGGAUCGCUCCAACACCUCAAGCUGUGAUCACCAAGAACAAGUGGGAUAAUAAUUCUGAUACUACUAAGGGCUUUAAGGACUACCUGGAGAAGGAGUAUAUCGCCUGGUUAAAGAAGUAUGUGUCUUAUGGCAGAGAGACUCUGGAGAGGAAAGAUCCUCCUACAGCAUCAGUGAUCCAGAAACACUCGCCUUCUCCAGAGGUGGUGUGUCACGCUACAGGUUUCUUCCCCAAAGAGGUGAUGAUCUCCUGGAGGAAGGACGGAGAGGACGUGAACGAGGACGUGGAGCUCAGAGAGACGUUACCCAACCAGGAUGGAAGCUUCCAGAAGAGAAGCAUUCUGAAAGUCCCAGCUGAGGAUCUGCAGAAACACACCUACACCUGCGUGAUUCAGCACAGCAGCUUGAAGGAGGAGUUAGUGCUGAAUGUGACCAAGCAGCAAAUCCGGGGAGAAAAUGUGUACAAGUGGGGUAAGGUGGAAUGGCUUAUAGGUGGUUCAGCUGGUGUUAUUGUCCUCGCUGUUAUUGGAUUUGUUUUUUGGAUAAAAAAGAAGAAAGCCUCAACACUGGAUUUAAAUUCAGAUGUAAAAUACAGCUGUGCUUCCAAAGAAAUGAGAAAGAGAGAGGAGGAAAGAGAGAUGAAGAAGGACCCUCAUAGAUGAUUAACUGAAAAGACAGCAUAAAAACAGCAAAAAAACAAACAAACAAAAAAACCUUCUUCUAUUUAAGAAUUAUGGAGGUCACUGUGAUCUCAGAUCUGUGCCUUCACACAAUCCUGUCUACGUUUUUUAAAAAAAAACUUGAAAUGUUUCCUUGUGGAAUUUUUUACUUGGUGUUUUCUAAUGCUGUGUAAUUCCUGUAAAAAUAAUUCAGGUAUAAGUGUUCAUGUCCAUGUCCUUUUUGGGGGUCAGUGGAUGGUGACUUUGUAAAAACGUGAUCCUAGCUUUAGGACGGCUGCUGAUGCUGUAUGUCUGCAACAAGCUGACGUCUCCACCUAUAUGAAAACAGGAUAUUUAACACAUCAGACAUUGUAAUGUAUCUACACUAAACUGGGAUAUUAGCAUCUUUUAACACAUUUGUUUAGUAUACUUGCAUGGGCAUAAUUUCCACUGGGGACAGGGGGGACAUGUCCCUUCCACUUUUUAACCGUGCGCCGUCAUCGCCAUGGAUGCAGCAGGAGCGAGCAGGACACAGAGAGUCUGUCUGUGUUGAUGCGUGCGACCACAUCCAGGAACGUUGCGUGUACACUCGCUAAAACUAUCUGACCAAAAGGUGUAAUGAACAGGUAUCGCGGUUGUGGCACAGUCAGCAAUGAAACACCAGAAGCAGCAUUUAAUGUCACCAUGGAUGAAAAAAGAAAGGAGAUGUGAGUUGGUUGAUUCAGUAAGUUAGUUCAGGUCAGGAUAAUCAUUUGCUAUUUAUGUCUACGCCCGUUGAUGUUAGCCUAACGCUGAUUGAGCUAAUGUUAGCAUGCACUGUUGUUGUUGGGUAACUUCAGAAUGUAGAUUAGAGCAUUCAGUGUACCAUGAAAAUGAGUUCACUUUAAACUGUGCAUUUUCUGUCAGCAAUGUAUGACAAGAAGACUCAUGUUUAUGCAUGAGAGACAAUUAUUAAAGUAAUGAUCAACAUUUUCAUAUAAUUCCAUAUUAAUGUUGCUGCUGUCAAUUGAAAUUAUAAAAUAGUGCUGUAACACACAC